CAAGUUGUGAAUUUACCCCAGGUGUUUAUUCUGCGACCGACCGGGCAGGUCCAAAGGAGGCCGGGGGAGGGGGGGAGGGAUCUCCGCAAACAGCCAAUGGAAGCUCCGCUGCCACCCAAGUCUGUGUUACUAUUGGGCAGUGGUACUUGGAACAGAGCGCGCUUCAGCCAAUGGGAGGGUAGGAACUACCCCGACCACGCCCAUUUGGCAAGACAAAAAAAAAGUCCCCGGAAGAACAAGCGAUCGCUUCAGAGCAACAACCCGGCUGCCGAUGAGCUAACCGCAAAACAAACAAAUACCUAAAGCAACAUCCACUACAGAGGCUUUUAAAGACCUGGUUACAGCGGUGCACGUACCGGUUUGCAGAGUUUUUUUAAAAAAAGGGGUAGAAAUUAAACAGAGCCAGCGGCAGCAUUGGCCUGUGGUUGCCGAUACCGUGCAACCCCGCUCGCAAAGCAGCAGGACGGACGCAGCGGCUGCCGGGCCGUCGGCAGCCCGAGAGCUCCAGGCAUGAAGGCGGCGCUGCUACACGUGUCGCUCCCCGCCGCCCUCUGCCUCGCCGUGGCGGCCAGCGGCCUCUUCGACUCGGUGGCGGUGGAGCUCGGCUACGAGCACUACGCGGAGACCCCCGUGCCGGGGCUGCCGGCCUGGCUGGCCAUGCCGUGCAACUCGCUGGUCAACGUGGGCUACAUCGCGCUGGGGCUCUUCUGGCUGCGGGCGGAGCGGACGAGCGAGGGGGCGGCCUACAUGAAGGACGUCUUCGCUUCCAUGGCCAUCGCCUACGGCCCCGUGCAGUGGGCCCGCCUCGCCACGUUCGCCCGCCUGCCCGCCGUGCUGGACCAGUGGUUCACCCUCCCCAUCUUCGCCUGGGUGCCCGUGUGGUGCCGCUACAUCACCCACGGGUGGCAGCCGCGCCUCUGCCUGGCGGCGGAGCUGUGCUCCCUGGGCAGCUUCGCCCUGGCGCUGCUCCACGACCGCGGGUUCGAGGCGGCCCUGGGCCUCCACAUCGCCCUCGCCGCCGGCCAGGGGCUGCGCGUCCAGCGGCGGCAGGGAGACGCGCUGUCCCGGCGCUACCUGUGCCUGGCCCUGCUGUCGUGCGCCGGGUUCGUGGCGCUGAAGCUGCUCGACCUGCCCCUGGCCCGCUACCGGGGCUUCCGCCGCCUGUCCGGCCACUUCUGGUCCAAAGUGUGCGACGUCCUGCAGUUCCACUACAGUUUCCGCUUCCUGACCCAUCUGACCCGAGCCGCAGAGAGACGGGCGGCCAGGGCGGACUGACUCUCUGCGGACCGUCCAGACCCGUCAGCCUCCCCGGAGCACCGCCGAGCUUUAGCGCCGGAGUCCGGUUCUCUCCAAUCUCUCCAAGAUUUUCUGUCUGGGAUGGCCGGCUUUCUUCGUUUUAAACGCCCCCCCGCAAUGGAAACAUACAUUUUAAAGAAUAUGGGGAUUUUUAGAAUGCAGUAUUCUUAUAUCCGUUUUAGAGCAGACCUGCAGACCGCUCGAAUAAAUUGUAGCGUAGUGGUUGAAGUUGUGUGGUACGUCGCUAAGGUCAUCGGUCUUUGUUCAGAAAUGUUCUGAUUUUAUUUCCCUGAUGAAGGUAUACAUCUUAAAAUACCGUUCAAUACGUGAGAAGAGGACGCAUGUUACGUAAGUUAUUCCUGGGGGACAACAGCGAAUCACGGCCGGCCGCCCCUAGCAGGAGUGAUAGAAGCACCUCGGUCUCUGCCUCCGCGCGAUUGUUUACACCUGUAAAGUUUCCCGCAAACGGCAGACCUAUUUCUGCCAACACAAGAGCGGCCUCUUGUGGCCUCAUUGUGCCUAGUGUUCUUGUGCCUAGAACCGGUUUCAAAAAGACAGAGGCAGUGACCCAGGGGUGAGCGAUCCUGGUCUUGCAGGACACCACUGCAGACACACUGACCAGCCCUGGUCAUUUAGGGU